GGGGUCUUGACAUUCGCCUGCCCCCUCUGUCCUGUAGCUACGCAUUAUGUUUUGAGACAUUGUGAGUUUUCCUUCAGUGUCACAAUGACUCGUCCAGCACUCAGAUUGAUUCUGUUGGGCUUCUUUCUCAUCUCUGCCUCUUCAGCUCCUGUUAAAAAGACACAAGAUGUGAAUAUUUACAGUUUCUACAUUAACUCUACUGUGACCAGUCGCUACGCCACCACAAUCAUCACAAGCCGUGUGGCAAACAGACUUAAUGAAUCUCAGGAGAUCUUCUUUGAAGUGAAAAUACCCAAGAAUGCGUUCAUCAGCAAAUUCAGAAUGACCAUAGAUGGAAAGAGCUAUGAUGGAGUUGUGAAGGAGAAAGCAGACGCUCAGCAGCAGUACAGUCAAGCAGUUUCACAAGGACAAAGUGCUGGACUCAUCAAGUCUGUUGGAAGGACUUUAGAAGAAUUUAAAACAUCAGUGAAUGUGGCCGCUCUCAGUAAAGUCACCUUUGAGUUGACUUAUGAGGAACUGCUAAAGCGUCGCCUUGGCAAAUAUAAGCUGCUCAUCUAUGCCCAACCAAUGCAGACGGUGGCAGAUUUCAAGAUUGAUGUACACAUCCAUGAGAAACCAGGAAUUUCCUUCUUGGAGGUGACAGGAGGUCUGAGCACCAAUGAUCUGGCCAAUGCCAUCAAAACUACCAGAGCAGACAGUGAUGCAUGGGUGACCUUUUACCCCACUCGAGAGCAGCAGACCAAAUGCAAAGACUGUGAUAAAAAUGGGCUGAAAGGAGACCUGCUCAUUUCAUAUGAUGUUGAGAGACAAAAUCCUUAUGGUGAAAUGAGAGUAUCAAAUGGGUAUUUAGUCCACAACUUUGCACCCUCAGAUCUUCCACGUAUUCCCAAAAACGUGGUUUUUAUCAUUGACCGAAGUGGCUCCAUGAGCGGCAAAAAAAUUGUGCAGACACGUUUGGCACUGCUAAAGAUUUUGAGUGAUCUUUCUGAGGACAAUCACUUUGGAUUGAUCACGUUUGACCAUCAAGUUGAUUUGUGGAAGCGUGAACUCAUUAAAGCUACCAAGACAAACCUGGAUGACGCGAAAUCAUUUGUGCAGGAGAUUACAGCUAGAGGAGCCACGGACAUAAAUGCUGCGGUGUUAGAAGGAGUAAAUAUGUUCAAACGGCAGCCACAAGCAGGAUCUGCUUCAAUCCUUAUUCUACUGACCGAUGGAGAUCCAACAUCAGGUGAAACCAACACAGAAAGGAUUAUGUCUAAUGUGAGAAAGGCCAUUGAGUCAAAGUUUCCCCUUUAUUGUCUUGGUUUCGGAUAUGAUGUGAAUUUUGAUUUCCUAACAAAAAUGUCACUGGAAAAUAAUGGAGUUGCUCGCAGAAUAUAUGAGGAUUCUGAUGCCGAUCUACAGCUGCAGGGCUUUUAUGAUGAAGUUGCCGUCCCACUCCUAACUGAUAUUCAACUUAACUACAUAGGAGUCUCAAAUCUUACCCAGAACAAUUUUGCCCUGUACUUCAACGGCUCUGAAAUUGUGGUAUCCGGACAAAUUACAGACAACAAUGUAGAGAGCAUCAGCACUGAAGUCAUCGCAAUAUCAAAAGGCAGUAAGGUGACGUACCAAAACACUGUAACAACAAAAGAUGUAAUUGAUGUCCCAUCUGAACAUGAAGAUUUUGUGGAAAGACUGUGGGCCUACCUUACAGUGAAACAACUUCUGGACAAACAUGUUCUUCUUGAAGGUCCAGAAAAAGAGGCUGUAAAGAACGAAGCUCUCAAACUUUCACUCAAAUAUCAGUUUGUUACAUCUCUCACAUCUAUGGUUGUUACCAAGCCACAGGAAGGUGACGUGGAGGUUGCAGACAAACCCACAGAGGGAAAGGAAUCACACAGACCUCCAGUUUCUAGUUAUCCGCCAUUACCUCCUGGAAUAGGCUAUGGUUUUACAGCCGGUUCAGGUCUUCCAAGUCUUCAACUGCAUCACGAUGCUUCAGGUCGUAGAGGGCAGCAGGGUCUUCCAGGUCCUCCAGCGUAUCCCGGUCUUCCAGGUCUUCCAGGUCCUCCAGGUCUUCCAGGGCGGCAGGGUCCUCCAGCUCAUCCAGCCUAUGACUAUUUUUUGGGUAGUGAUGAUGAUUCUGAAGAUGGGUUCAGCGGGAUUGCUUAUGCUUGGACUCCAGCCAGGAUUCCACAUAGACCUACAUUUGUGGCACCUACUCAUUCAGCAGUUCCUGCAGUUGGUAAUAAUCGGUUCCUGCUGCCUGCUGAUGGUCAGCCGAAACCACUUUGUUUUGAUGUCCCUCUUCCUCACAAACUAAAACUGCUACAGGAUUCUGCUUUAGGGUUCUCUAUGAAUGGAGAGUCUAUGGCAUCUAAAACUGGAUUCCAACAAAUCAUCAUUCAUUACAAAACAAACCAUCACCUGACAAUAAAUACAAAGUCUAUUAAUUAUAAUGAUGGCCAGAAUAAUGUUCAGUAUCUGUGGGGCCAGGAACCUUCCCAACAUGAUCAAGAGGGUAUCAUAUUGAUUCUGCGAGACAAUGAAAUGGAUGUUACGAUUGGAAAUAUCCGUGUUGUUAUUGUACUUCAUAAAAAAGAUGGGGACGUGUUUCUGUGGCCUGCGGUUUGGCAACAACCAAAAGAUGUCACUUUGGCAGGUAUUUUAGGAAAAGACAAAAUUUCGUAUGAGGAGAUUCAAGGGUCAACUCUAAAGAUAAUGGACAAUGAUGUGAAAGCGUCAUGGGAUGAAAUGACAGACUACAGAUUUCCUUCAGCUCCAGUCGUCAGAUGUUGGCUUGUGCCGUUCCAGGCUGUGAUGAACGGAGAGAUUUCUGAUUUUACUGUUACUCACCUGUAGAGUUCACAGCAUGUGUAUAUGAUAUAAUAAAGAGCAUACCUUAA